ACGCAUUGACUUUUAGUUGGACGGAGCAGUACUGCGUUGUUUUUUUUUCUUCUCUUUUCUCAUUGAAGAAAACAAAAUCAAGAAAACCAUGCCUCGUAUCAUGUAGAUUCACCAUGGAUGAAUCUCUUCUCUCAAAGACGGGAGUAGAAGAAGACUCCAUUCGGCCAUCACCAAGGAGAGAAUUUCCUUCCAGCUACCUCGAUCUUGGUCUCGGUCCCUCCCGACGCCAAUCGGCGGCACAUCUCAUCACCAACGACGCCAUUAUUCCCAUCAUCACAACCCCCAAGUCCGGUUCCUAUGUAAACCUCAUAGCCAACUUGAACUUGAACUUGAACUUGAACAAAAAGAGAAGAUUAGCACGGCGCUCCCACUCCGCUCCGUCGGUGUUCACCGACAUCCGUGAAGAUUUCCAUGCUUCCUUCGAGCCCAAACCCACCAAAAAAUCAACCCCUUUCAUCGUCCGGCAAGCCUUUAUCGGCGUAGUUCUGUAUGUCAUACUCGUAGUUACAAUAUUUAUGGUAAGUGGGAAUUUCAAGGGUCAUACCACAUUCAGGCCAGUCGAUGCAUUGUACUUCACUGUGGUCACACUCUGCACAAUUGGGUAUGGAGAUAUUGUUCCAGAUUCCACAUUUACAAAGCUGUUUACUUGCGUUUUCAUUUUAGUUGGUUUUGGAUUCGUUGACAUUCUACUCAAUGGGUUGGUAACAUACAUUUGUGACAGACAAGAGGCAGUGUUAUUGAGCACAGUGGAUGAGAAUAAGUUCAACUCAAUGGUGAAAGCAUACAUGGUGGAUACAGAGAAAGGGAGAAUGAGAAUAAGGAUUAAAGUAGGAUUGGCUUUGGCGGUUGUGAUUGGGUGUAUUGCUAUAGGGACAAUUACAGUACACUUCAUCGAGGAUAUGAGUUGGGUUGACAGCUUUUACCUCUCAGUCACAUCCGUGACAACGGUAGGUUAUGGGGAUUACGCUUUUACUACGAUUACAGGGAGGUGUUUUGCAGUAAUUUGGCUGUUAGUUAGCACAUUAGCCGUUGCCAGGGCGUUUCUGUACUUGACUGAACUUAGGAUUGACAAGAGGAAUCGCAGAAUUGCAAAAUGGGUACUGCAGAAGAAGAUUACAGUUGGGGAUUUGGUAGCUGCAGACCUCGAUAAUGACGGCUCUAUCAGUAAAGCUGAAUUCGUUAUUUACAAGCUUAAGGAGAUGGGAAGGAUAUCAGAGAAAGACAUCCUGCAGAUUGGCAAACAAUUUGAUUUACUGGACAGUAGCAAUUGUGGCAAAAUUACUCUGGCUGAUCUCAUGGAAGGCGAGUGACUAAAGCAUGGAUUUCCAAAUGGAUAGAGGAUCAGGGCAUUGGGAUUUUUUGUCAGCAAUACAUAGAGCACACUAGGACCUCUUAUUCUUGUACAUAAUUAAAGAAUAUGAUAGUAACCAAUUAUUCCUCAUCAAAUAUAUGCAGAAUGAGGCAGAUGAUCGAUCCCAUCGUCCUGAAAUGAGGUCAGAUGGUUAUACGAAUUGGGGGCUAUUCUUUUGCAAAUGCUUUCAAAUAUAUAGGCAUGUUUGUGGCGCUAAA